AUGCCACCACAUCUACACCCUCGGUCGCGGUCCACAACCGGUCUAUUCGCCGGCACCCUCCUCGCAUCUCUCCUGGUUGUCGGCAUGCCCCAUGUCUUCCCCUGUCCCUCCCCACGACGCACCUUCGCCGAUUCAGAAAUGACCAUGACAGCCGACGGCCAACAAGUACCACGGAUCCGUCGUCGACGACGAAAGGAGCUUGAAGCGGGCCCAGACGGCAGCCAGCCGGGUCAACCCACGCCCGUUGUGGACGAGGAGGUCACAACCUUCCUUCAAAUGGAGGAGGAAGCAGAGAAACUCGCGCACAUCAAUCGAGAAUGCCCUGUUCCCAAACCCAAGGGUGUAUUAGGGGAGCUUUUAGGGUUCCGCAACAUCCAAGCGAAUUCUCAGCCCCAGCCCAGCGCCGUUCCGGAAGGAGACCGAUAA